GAGGAGGAGCGGGAGGAGCAGGACGCCUCGCCGCCGCCUGCUGCCGCCGUGCAGCCGCAGCCAGCCGGGAGCGGGAUCGGGAUCGCGAUCGGGGCGGCCGCAUGUGCGAAGUGGGGACGCGGCCGCCGCCGGCCGCCGAGCGCGGGGAGCCGCCCGGGGGUGCCGCCGCCCCGGCCGAGAGGUGCCGAGACAUGGGAGAACAGCCCAUCUUCACCACCAGAGCCCAUGUCUUCCAAAUUGACCCCAGCACGAAGAAGAACUGGGUCCCCGCAAGCAAGCAGGCUGUAACUGUUUCCUACUUCUAUGACAGCACGAGAAACAGCUAUCGGAUUAUCAGUGUGGAUGGAGCCAAGGUGAUCAUAAACAGCACAAUCACACCCAACAUGACCUUUACUAAAACAUCACAGAAGUUCGGCCAGUGGGCGGACAGCAGAGCAAAUACCGUGUUUGGUUUGGGCUUUCCCUCCGAGCAGCAGCUGACCAAGUUUGCAGAAAAAUUCCAAGAAGUGAAAGAGGCUGCCAAACUAGCAAGAGACAGAUCUCAAGAGAAAAUUGAGACCUCAAGCAAUCAUUCCCAGGAAUCUGGACGUGAAACACCAUCUUCCACUCGAGCAUCUAGUGUGAAUGGGACAGAUGAUGAGAAGGCAUCACAUGGUGGUCCUGCUGAGACACAUCUCAAGUCUGAGAAUGAUAAACUAAAAAUUGCUCUAGCCCAAAGUUCCUCCAAUGUAAAGAAGUGGGAGACGGAGCUGCAGACGCUGAGGGAGAGCAACGCCAGGCUGACCACGGCGCUGCAGGAGUCGGCCGCCAGCAUAGAGCACUGGAAGAAGCAGUUCUCAGCCUGCAAGGAGGAGAACGACCAGCUCAGGAGCAAGAUUGAAGAACUGGAGGAGCAGUGCAAUGAAAUAAAUAAAGAGAAGGAGAGAAAUGCACAGCUGAGCAGACGUCUCCAGGAGCUGGAAACAGAGCUUCAAGACAAAGAGCUGGAACUGGAAGAGCUCCGAAAGCAGGGUGAAAUUAUACCACAGCUAAUGUCAGAAUGUGAAUCUGUAUCUCAACAAUUACAGGAUGCUGAGAAUAAGAACAAAGAUCUUGAAGAGAAAGUCAGAACACUAAGGACAGAAGUUGAAGAGAGCAAACAUAGGCAGACCAACCUUAAAACUGAAUUAAAGAAUUUUUUAGAUGUACUAGACGGGAAAAUAGAUGAAUUACACGAUUUCCGACAAGGACUGUCUAAACUUGGGAUUGACAACUAGAUGGCAAUAGAUUUUUGUAAUCUAGCGUCUGGAUGUUUGAUGUUUUGUUGAUCUCAAACAUGUGUUUUACAAAAUAUAACUAGAAUGUUCCACCUGUUUGCAUUGUUUUUGUACAUAGAGGCUGAAAAUUUGCUGUGGGUUAUUUUGGGUUUUUGUUUUUUGUUUGUUUGUUUAUUUGUUUUCCAAACCAAUCGUGCUGCUCACUGAAUUCUGUUGAGAUUAGAAACUUUCUAUAUUGCUGCUCCGGCUUUGUGGGGUUGGGAACAGGUAGAGGGUUCUGUCUCAGGAAUCUGGAACUAGAUCUACCUUAAAAUGAAUAUGCAGUUAGUUGUUGCAGGGAAAUUUAUAUCUUUCUUAAGGGCUGUUGCAACCAUAGAAACAGAAAACAAGUCUUUUUCUUGUCUGGACUAUCAGCGCUCCUAGCAACAUACACUUUUAUUCCUUGGCGGAGCGGAGAGAAGAUUAGAUGGAGCUCCUGCAGUUUGUAAAUCAACCUGGUAAAAUGUGCCUGUGAUGAGCUGCAGUCAAGUGAAUCACUUCACACACAUACCAGUAUCUUUAGGGACCAUGUCAGUCAGGCCUGAUUUGCAGAAAAAAUCCGGAGGGUUUCAUGUAUCCUUCGAUUCAGGUAGCAUGUGCUUGCCUGGGUCCAUGCAAAGUCGACAGUGUAGAAAUGAAUUCCAGCUCUUACAUCAAGGCAAGCAUCUUAACCAGUAGGAGAGGACAGCUUCCCUUGUUUAGCAAGAUAGCAUCUCUCUUUGGCCCUCAGUUUUGAACCUGUAUAGUUCAUUCACUGUGUGUAUCUGAAAAAUGCACACCUGUGUCUUGGGACCAGAUGUUUAUUUUGGAAGGAGUCGUACUGCUGCUUUGUAUGCAGGGCACAUGCACCUCUGUGCACCUCGAUCACUGCUGUUCAGUUGCCACAGUGGCAGAUCAGGAGACAUUGAUGUGAAAAGCGUCACAAAGUUGGUAGGAAGGGUGUUAUUCAGAAACAGCUUCCUGCCCAGGAGACUUGCAGGUAAUGAUUGCAUGAAACCCAAAGUCUUUCUUUCCUAUGAUUUCUUCAUUCUCCCCUCAGGGGAUAGGGGGUGGGUGUUAGUCACAAAGUUAGACUGUCAAAAAAACAACAACAAACAACCCCAAAGGCAGAAAGGGUUGUAGUCUCUCACUGAUUAUUCAGCAGCUCUAAAUACAUUUUGAGUAAUGCAAAGUCGUACAUCAGGUUCCAGCAAGAAGGAUGCUCUCUGCAUCACCAGCUGAUGUACAGAGGACCAGGGAGGAGAAUUCAGCCCAAGUUUUGCUUUUAUCCCUAGGACUGCCAUCAGCUUCUCUCUUUUCUUUCUCUGUAUCCUGGUUUGAGAUUCUGUUCAUAUGGCAUCUGAAUUCAUUCAGGAAAGAACUUCUGAUUAGGGGAUGUUAUUAUUUAUUUAUAUCAGGUGAAAGCUUGGUUAAGCACCUGGUUAGUGCUUUCCAGCAGUGACUCAUAUAAAGUCACCAUGCCGUGCUGUUUGCAUAUUGUUCUUAUUUUUUAUUUUUUAUUUUUUUUUAAUUCUCAGCACAUCUCUAUUAUAAAAGUGACCUUUAAAAGACAGGUGGGUUAUACAUGAGACAUGCAUUGAAUAAUUUUUGCACAUGGGCAUAUAACCCACGUGCUGGAGAUAGGUUUGGUUUCCAGUUGUCCCUUGAAUUUUAAUUUCAUCUGUUACUGUUGUGUUACCACAUUGCCUGUUGUUUAGACUGGAGUUUUUUGUGUUUUUGCUUUUAAUCCUUUUAAACAACAGAUGUGAAGCUAGGACCUUUUACAACCAGUAUGACCAUUUAAGUCUCUUAAAAAAAAUGCUGUAGGCUGUUGAUAUUUAAAAAUAAAAAUAAAAAUCAGGUACAUAGCAUGUAGGCGUGUGAAAAUUAGACUUUGCCAGUGUGGAAUAUUCAACAGUUGCAUAAUGCGGGGUUGGAUCAGACUUCUCAAAACCGAAAAUGACGUCAGAAACUGUGUGUGGUUGUGAGCAAGCAAUCUCCGUUUUUAGUCUUCUUAUAUGAUAGCAAGUCAGACAGACUCAAUCAUGUAACAGGCAGCUCAUCCAGCUUCCCCUCUCCUCCCCUGCUCCCUUGUGCAGCCAGUGCCUGCAAUGGCUGGGAGCCAGGAGACAGCCCCGUGAAGAGCUGCAAGCAAUACAGGUGGCUGGGGCCUCCCGUCACAGCGCUCAUCACUUUUACACAGAGGACCCUGCUCCAUCUUCUGCUUCCUUUUUGCCGUUGAGUGAUCUUAGGGUUUUUGCUCUGGUUUUAAUACAUUUUUUUUAAUGUCAUUCUGGUUAGAGGGGUGCAAAAGAGUCUGAGAACAAGUUAUUUUAUUGGGGUUAAUCCAGAUUCAUUAUUUUUUUUCCAGCUUUAGUCAGGUCUAUCACAGAUUCCGUUCAUUAGGAAUGUGUUAAGCCACUCUUAAAUUGCAGGAAAAGUGUUUCUAUGGGAUUGCAUCAAUCUAAUAGAUUAGGUUUAAUACCAGCAUGUUAAACCAGUGCGUAGCUGUGACAUAGGUAAUUAUUUUUGGCUGCUUCAUGCUCUCCAGAGGAGCGAUAAGGGAUGUCCUUCCAGGAAUCCCUGUGCUGCCUCUCCUAGUCUGACCCCAAAUGUAUGCUCUCUGUAUGUUCUUGCUGUGAUGUUGAGCUGUCAGGAAUGCCUCUACACGGCUGUAUGCUGUGGGAAACUCCAAGCAUGUUGCCAUCCUCCAAGCACCCAAAGUCUUGCUAUAAUCAUCCCCUUUCUCUCUUUUUCCUCCCCAACUGCAGGAAGUUGAGAGCUUCUAUGUAUAACCCCUUUAAAACCCCUCAUAAACUCCAUAUUUUUAACCUUUCCCCCUCUGCCAUUUUUCCUCUUCAAAAUACAAAAGCACACUGGCCAGGCAUCUGCCAGCUGCAGCUCCUCUCUCUAGCCCCUGCCCCACUGCUGGAAGCCCAUUGAUCCCACUGUGUGGGAAACGGGGGUAUAAAACACCAUUUCUUCCUAGAAGCUCUGUGAAGGUCUGGCAGUAACCUCUUCAUGCCAAACUGUGAGCCCCAGGCAGCUCCCUGGGACUUGUCCUGGCAUCAAAAUGCCUCCUGUCCCCUGGCAGCAUUCUGCAGGCACAGCUAUGGCUGUGCAGGAGGAGUUCCCCCAACCCACAAAUGUCUCUGAAAUGGCCUCAGAUGCUGCCAACAGAUGCUCAUCUCCCCUACCCAGUACAGAGCUUGUUUCUAUUCAUUAUUGCAGCGCUGUGCAAACCCAGAUUUCCCCAUGCCAUUGCUGAUGAAGGAAGGUUAGCUCUAUGUCCAUUAAGCCUAAGUGGAGGUCUCUUUAUGCGAGGCUGAAUCUCACCUUGAGCAAUCCUGGAUUCACCUUCCAGACACAGGUUUCUCCCUCCAAGUGGUUCUUGGCAGGAUAUCUCCUACCUCAGCUGCACGGUCGUUGUUGGCAAAGGCCUUGUGCGUGGCACACCGUGUGCCAGCGCCGCCGCUGCCUGCCGGCCGUGUCCUGCCCUGGUGGCACCCACAGGCUGGUGGUUCGGGGAGCAAACAUCUGUGCUGACCUCUUUGGACAACCAGCUAGAGAGUGUCUGUCUGUCUUCUGUGUUUUCCAGUGAGGUUCUCCUUUGACCUGGUGUUAGAGCUGCUGAAUAAUGGUGUUUUUUGUUCUUUUUCUCUCAGUUCUGUGGCCAAAAUAAGGGAUAAACUAAACAGUUCUACUAAAAACUUCAGAACAUUCAGUGACAGAAAAAUACCUUGAGAUGAUUGCUGUCAAGGGGAAUAAUCUGCUUCAUCAGACAGAUUAUUUAGCAUUUUGGAAGAUUACCUUAGCCUAGUCAUUGGAAUAAAUUAUUUCAAAAUGAAAAAAAAAGUUAAAACCUUGUUUCACACACCAAAAUAAAACAGUUUGACCUUUUGCUUUUUUCCUAUUUGACUGAAUCUUUCUUUGCUGAAUUUGAGUCAAAUUCACAAUUAUUAUUUUUUUUCUUAAAAGUGCAUUUUCAGUGAAAUCAAUACUUUUCAUUGUUUUUCUGUCUGGGUCUAAUUGGCGUCUCUUUUAUUAAUUUUUUUAAGUAAUUCAGUGCCUCCUCACACUUUGUAUAUCCUACCUUUCAAAGUACACUAUUAUUUUCAAAUGGUUUUACACUAGGUGUGCCUGUGCCCAGCAAACACAUGCUAUUUAGGCAAUACUAUUUUGAAAUACAAACAUCUGAUUUUAUUUUUAGUGAGAAACAAAGUGUGAACUUUUUUUAAAGCAGCUCGAUGAACCGAAGAGAGCAGGAGGGUUUCUGCUAUCUGUGACAGCCCGUCACUUCCGAAGCACCACGUCCCCUCCAAGCCAGGCACAAACCGUCCCUGUGCUUUGUCACUCUUCUGUAACACCACUUAUUUUUUUCCCUAAGUGUUUGCUUUCUCCCCUUAUUCAUUGCUGGUCACCUCUGGCUGCUCCCCAGCUAACAGAGGACAAGUCCCCAUCACUGCCACUGCCAUGACCCAGAGCGUGUCCUUAGGCUCUUCCGAACACAGCCCUUCAAAGGCUUAAUGGUUUCUAACAAAUACAGCGUUGUCUUCCUGAGCCUAUGGGUUAACCAAGAUAACAUCAUUAGAGUGAAGCACCCUCUUCAUCUCAAUGCAUUACAGAUGCUGAAUCCAAAGGGAAGAGGUGUAAGUUGUUUAAGCAGCAGCUGAGUUUGAUGAUCAUUUUAUCAGAGCUUCAGUGAAGGACGUACUCCAUCCGCAGCCCCAGACUGUCUAGGUGUAGGACGGCCACUGCCAAAAGAUUGGCCCCUCUGGCUUUGUUCCGGAAGUUCUGGGCUUGUGAAGCCUGAAAAUAUCAAAAAGUCUUCAGCAUAUCAAAAACGUUGCGAUGCGGGGAAUGAGAGGUGAACACCAACCCACAGCCGAGCAGCAUGAGAGCCUGGCAGGACUGAUCAAACAGCGCUGGUUUACACUCAGAAACUUUCCAUCAAGCACACUAAGAGCUGUUGUUGUCCCAUGGGGGCUCUGCAGUGGGACCUCGAGAGAGGUAGGAAGGCAGGUUCAGCCCUGGGGGAGCAUCUUGUGGUGAUGGGCAUGGUUUAGUAGCUGUAAGGCACAGAGCUACCCUUCUUCCCGUGACUUAACGCUCACCACACAGCUGUGUGUCAGGCAAAGCAAUACGUAGGCACACGGUGUUCAAUCCAAAAGCAGGCCCCAGUGGAGAGUCCGGGCUGACCCACAUAGGCGGCUGGGGUGCCACACACGCAGUCCUGAGGAGCUCUCAGUGCUUUCUACUGAUUUUUAGAAGAUAAACUUGACUGUUCUGUGAAGUCUGCUUGUCUUAAAUAAUGUUCUCUAUGGUAAACAGUAAGAUACCUAAAGUGAAACGCAGUCAGGAGAUUAAUGGUAAAUGUGACACGCUUCCAAAAAGAGGCUUCUCCUGCAGGCUGCAGGGCAGAGCUGGUCCUGGCCGGGGGCUUUGCUUGGGGUAUUUCGGGAUGUCUCACAGUUUGACUUUCUGCUGUGUUUUGUGUUCGCUCUUCUCAAUCUUUUUUUUUUUUUUUUUUUUUAACAGACAGCCUAAACUCAGUCUUCAAAUGAAGGUGCCUAUACCUCCAAAAAGUUUUAUAUGCAUAUUUUGAAAUAGAUCGCUUUUUCCUUUCUGUUUAUUUAGUUACCUGGUAGUAAUGGCACAUACAAAGAGAGGCACUUGAGAAAAAUCUAUCCGCUGUUGUAUUUUUGUUUAACACUGGUCAGCAAUAAUUAUUUUAGCCAUAUACUAGCUAAAAAAAGACUGAUAAUGCAAGUUUUGUGAACUAAGCUUCUAAGUUUGCAGUACAUUGAUUAAUCUGGGUGUGUGAAAAGGGAGUUAUGCUCAAUAAAAGAGUAUUUUGCAGCAUUUAGAUGUUUUCAUUUAAUUGCCUAAUAGUGAUCAUGAACAUAAUAUUCUGUAAAACUCAUCAUGAAGAACAAACAAAGCACAUCGAUUUUAACAUAAAUAUAUCCCUUGUAGUUGAAAGUUCUGGGAAUGUUUUAGUGUGGUCUGCUAUACCAAAAUAUUUAGAUUAUUA